AUGCUGCGGGACUCUGAUAUAGAUUCCCUUAAUGGGCACCUAGCAUCUUUAUCGUUAGAGCAACAGAAACAACAUGACAAUUUGCAGGAUCUUUUGGGUCGUUUCAAGAGCUUGCUCGAUGACUACAGUUCCCUCAAAAGUGACUAUGAAGAAGUCAAAGAAGGCCGCGAGAAAUACAAACGCCAGGCCAGAGGCCAGGAUCGUAACCCGUUUGUCCUUGUUCUCGUCGACGGGGAUGGGUAUAUGUUCAAAGAGCACUUUUUGAAGAAUGGCAGCGAAGGAGGCAUUGCCGCCGCCCGCGAGCUGAGUGACUCCGUUAAGGAGCUGAUGCAUUCCACAAUGGGAAUGCAGGCAGAACAAUGUCGAAUUAUGGUUCGUGUCUACGCCAAUGUUCUCGGUUUGUCAAAGGCACUUGCGCGAGCCGGACUUACGGGCCAUGAGGCUCGAUCUUUGUCACCAUUUACUUCAUCCUUUACCCGUUCUCAGGAGCUAUUUGACUAUGUCGACGCCGCAGAGAAGAAGGAGGGCAGUGACUUCAAAAUCAGAGAAAUGUUCCGCUUGUUUGCGGACCUGAAUCAAUGCCGCCAUAUCUAUUUUGCUGGUUGUCAUGACACUGGAUACGGCUCCCUCUUAACCCCAUAUAGGGGUAGAAGCGACCGUAUCACACUUAUCAAAGCCGCUGGUUUCCACCGUGAAUUCGAGGCCCUGGACCUUCCUAUCAGAGAGUUGCCCUCAGUAUUCAUGAGCACCCCUCUACUUAAUAGCAAGCCGCCCACAGGCCCGGCUGCUGCUAAAGUCAACGGUAAUGCCAAUGGUGCAAAUGGGAUGCACCAUGUUUCAACUGGCUCAACUGGUGGAAUUUCCACCAAACCAAUCUGCAAGCACUUUCAAAAGGGUAUCUGCAAGUUUGGCCAUGGUUGCAAUAAACAACAUGUUAUGCCAAACCAGUCAUUGAAUCACCUUCCGUCGCCCAGGAGUUCUGGUGAUUCACCUCCGCAGUCCGCAAAAUCUACAUCAUCAUUUUGGAGCUCCCCUACUGCCGGUCGCACGGACGACUUUCUCAGAUCCAUGCUACCCUUACCGAGCAUCAAAACGGAGGAAUUUAUCCCAGUGAAUAAAGACGGGGACCGUAUUGAUCCUUACUACCCACAGCCUACCCCCGAAUCGUUUAGUGAAUACCACGCUCGGGCAAAGCAGCACAAGGUCUGCAAUAGCUACCACCUGUCCGGAGAAUGUGGAGACAUGAGUUGCCCUUAUGACCACACCGAUGUCUCCAACACCGUUAUCGAGGUCUUGAGAUGGAUGCUCCUUCAACACCCAUGCACUCGCGCUGGGUCUUGCCGGUCAAUCAAAUGCUACAUGGGCCACCUAUGCCAAAAGCCUGGAUGCAAGGCUGUCAAGAGCUGGCAAUGCCGCUUCAAUCAGAAUGCCCACACCCUGGAGCUCCAAAUCGCUCGAUGGGACAUACCAACCGAUCAGGACGACAUCGGUGACCAAUGGUCUGUCAGCGAUGGCUCUAUCGGAGAAACUUCCCCGGGUACAAUGUUCGAUUAG